AUGACAGACUUUGAGGAGAAAUUGAUCAAAUCUCCUGAACCUUCCUUUGAACAGCUAGUUGAAGGCACAGAAUUCAUGGUGGGGAUGGUUCAAACAGGCGAUGGAACGGAAUGGUCACAAAAGCUGUCUGAAUUUGAAGAUUUCCUUGGGAUUGGGGAUGAAGCUUCCAAGAUGGCGCAAGAGCAGAAAGCUAAGGCAAGGAUCCUCCAGUCAGUGCUAGCAGCCGAAGAUGCCAAAGAAGCAGAGGGGAAGGUGUUGAAGAUGGCAAAGCUUGAAGAGGAGAAAGCAAAAGCUGUCCCGGAAGCAGAGGAAGCACCACAUGCUGAUGAAGUAAUCCAAGCAAUAAAGAAUAGUUGUGAUGAAUGUAUCGAACAGGCUAUUAAUCCUGUCUUAUAUUUUCUUGAUUUUUGUUUUGAGAACAAUUUAGAUGUCCCUGUGCUGAAGAAAGACGGGAGGAUAAGGGUUUGUGUUGACUAUAGGGACCUAAAUAAAGCCUCACCUAAAGAUGACUUUCCAUUUCCGCACAUAGAUGUUUUCAUUGACAGUGCUGCCGGAAUGGGAUAUUAUUCUAUCAUGGACGGAUUCUCCGGAUACAACCAAAUACUGAUGGCCUUAGUUGACAAACACAAGACUGCCUUCACCAUGGACUUUGGGACCUUCUGCUAUAGAGUGAUGCCAUUUGGACUGAAGAACGUCGGGGCAACAUAUUAG